UUUGUCGAAUCGCUUUCUUUCCCCCCUCCCUCAGCGCAACACUAAUCAAACAAAUUUUGGGGGAACCAAUCAAUACACCUAUACCCCAAGAUGAAGCAGAGAUUCUCUUCGUUGGAUGUCAAGGUCAUCACCCAGGAACUUGCCUCGGAACUCGUCAACCUCCGAGUGUCGAACAUCUACGACCUCUCCUCGAGAAUCUUUCUCUUCAAACUCGCCAAACCCGACCACCGCAAACAGCUCGUCGUCGACUCCGGCUUCCGCUGCCAUGUGACGCAGUACUCGCGCGCGACGGCCUCAGCGCCGUCGCCCUUCGUCACGCGCAUGCGCAAGUUCCUAAAGUCGCGGCGCGUCACCUCGGUCCAGCAGCUCGGCACGGACCGCGUCAUCGACUUCGCCUUCAGCGACGGCCAGUACCACAUGUUCCUCGAGUUCUUUGCGGGCGGCAACAUCAUCCUCACCGACCGGGAGCACACCAUCCUCGCGCUGUUCCGGCAGGUCGCGGCCGGCGACGGGCAGGAGGAGGAGACGCGCGUCGGCUUGAAGUACACGGUUGACAAUAAGCAGAAUUACCACGGGGUACCGGACAUCACGCCGCAGCGGGUGCGGGAGACAGUCCAGAAGGCUAGGGAUUUGUUUGCGGCCGAAGGGGGCAGUAAUGCUGCGCCGAAGAAAUCUAAGAAGAAGAACACGGAUGUGCUGCGGAAGGCGCUGUCGCAGGGUUUCCCCGAGUACCCGCCGCUGUUGCUGGAUCAUGCGUUUGCGGUGAAGGGGUUGGAUCCGGCGACGCCGUUGGAGGAGGUUCUGAGCGAUGAUGGAGACUUGUUGACGAGGGUGGUGGAGGUGUUGGAGGUGGCUAAGGCGGAGACGGACAACUUGUCGGUCGGGCAGGGGCAUCCUGGGUAUAUUGUUGCGAAGGAGGAUACGAGGCCGAAGGCUAAGGGGGCUGCGGAGGAGAAGGAGGACAACGAGGAGGCAUCCGGCAAGAAGCCACCGGCGCUCCUGUAUGAGGACUUUCACCCGUUUAAGCCGCGCCAGUUCGAGGGCAAGCCCGGCGUCACGAUCUUGGAGUUUGAGAACUUCAACAAGACCGUCGAUGAGUAUUUCUCUUCCAUCGAGUCGCAGAAGCUGGAGUCGCGGCUCACGGAGCGCGAGGAGGCCGCGAAGAGAAAGCUGGAUGCGGUCCGGCAGGAGCAUGCGAAGCGGAUUGGUGCCCUGCAGGAGGUCCAGGGGUUGCAUAUCCGGAAGGCGGCCGCUAUCGAAGAUAAUGUCUACCGGGUGCAGGAGGCCAUGGAUGCUGUCAAUGGUCUGAUUGCGCAAGGAAUGGACUGGGUCGAAAUCGCGCGUCUGAUUGAAAUGGAACAGAGCCGAGGUAACCCCGUUGCGAGGAUUAUCAAGUUGCCUCUCAAGCUUCACGAGAACACGAUUACGUUGGUGCUGGGAGAGGCUGGAGAUGAGGAGCAAGGUGAAGGCGAGGAGCUUUUUUCGGAUGACGAAGACGAGUCCGAGUCGGAGGAUGAGAGGGAGGACGAUGAGAAUUUUGAAAAGAGGGCCGAUGUAUUGGUGGUUGACAUCGAUCUUGGGCUCUCCCCAUGGGCGAAUGCGACCCAGUACUACGAGCAGAAGAAACAGGCCGCUGUGAAAGAACAGCGGACGACGCAGUCCUCUGCCAAGGCGCUCAAGAGCCACGAGAAGAAAGUCACGCAGGACCUCAAAAGGAACCUGAAGCAAGAGAAGCAGGUUCUCCGCCCGGCUAGAAAGCUUUUCUGGUUCGAGAAAUUCCUCUUCUUCGUCUCUUCUGAGGGAUACCUGGUUCUCGGUGGCCGUGAUGCUAUGCAGAGCGAGAUGCUAUACCGGCGGUACCUCAAGAAAGGCGAUGUCUUCGUGCAUGCGGACCUUCAAGGUGCUACGCCGAUGAUCGUCAAGAACAGAGCGGGCACGCCUAACGCGCCUAUUCCUCCCAGCACACUCUCUCAAGCUGGCAACCUAUGUGUUGCUACAUCGAGUGCUUGGGAUUCCAAGGCAAUCAUGUCCGCUUACUGGGUCAAUGCCAGCCAAGUCUCCAAGACCGCUGAGGUGGGUGGUCUUGUCCCUACUGGCGAGUUUGUCAUCAAGGGCGAGAAGAAUUUCCUGGCCCCAUCCCAGCUUGUCCUGGGAUUUGCAGUCAUGUUCCAGGUUAGCAAAGAAAGUCUACGGAACCACAAGCUACGCCAGUUCGACGAACCUACGGCUGCGGAGCCGAUCGCCGAGGAGGGCGCUCACGCGGAAGCCGGCAACUCUAAUGAUGCUAACGACAGCCCGUCGGAUGACGAAAAUGCCGAGGAAGAGGGGGAGCAGGAGGAGCAGUCUCCUCAGACGGAGAAGACAGCUGCGGAUGAGACUCUGCCGGAAGAAAGCUUAACCUCCACUCAAGAUCAGGGCAAGCGACAACUCUCCGCUCGAGAGCGUCGUCUUCUCAGGAAAGGACAGCCACUCGACUCCCAGGAUAGUACACCCAAGGAAGCCGAAGAGAGCUCAAAGAAACCGGGGUCGAACGGCGCACCGGCCAAAAUUACGAACACCAAGCAGGCGGGCUCCGCUCGGGGCAAGAAGGGCAAGGCAAAGAAGGCCGCGGCCAAGUAUGCAGAUCAGGACGAAGACGAGCGGGAGCUGGCACUCCGCUUGCUGGGCGUGAACAGCGAGAAAGCCGCCAAGUCCGCUGCAGAGGCGGAAGCCAAAGCCAAGCGUGAGCAGGAAGCUGAGGCCCAGAAGAAGCGUCGCAGAGCCCAGCAUGAGCGCGCAGCGGAGGCCGAGCGCAAACGACAGGCUCUCUUCGAAGGGGGUGCUGAUGACUACGACGAGGAGACGGCCGCCGCGGAAGCUGCGGAUCUCGAGUGGAUUCCUGCCAUGAUCGGAACGCCUCAUCCUGACGAUGACAUCCUCGCGGCCAUCCCGGUGUGCGCUCCCUGGGCUGCCCUGGGCCGGUACAAGUACAAGAUCAAAUUGCAGCCCGGUACUGUGAAGAAGGGGAAGGCUGUCAAGGAGAUCAUUGGACGAUGGGUCGCCGAAACGACGACUGGCAAGGUCAAGAAGGAGCAUGCCGAGGACGCUGGCAUUAACCGGGCAGCAGCCGAGAAGCUCCGCGAGCGUGAAGGCGAGUUGAUCAAGGGGUGGAAGGAUACUGAGAUCAUUAACUCAGUCCCUGUGGGUAAGGUACGCAUCAUGACUGGUGCAGGAGCCAGCGGAGGUGAUAAGGGCAAAGGGAAAGGUGGUGGUGGCGGCGGCGGCGGGAACAAAGGAGUGGUGUUGUUCCUCUCUCGUCUUCUUGCUGGCGGAUUCCCGCGCAGCUUUGUCCGGUUCGCUUCGUCGUCGUCUUCUUCUUCUUCCCUUACAGCCACUAUGCCACCCAAGCUAGACACGCGGAUCGUGUCGGUUCGCCGACUCAACAAGGAAGGUCCUGGUGAGCGAUCACUCGCGCAAUGGUGGGCCGAUGAAUGCAACAACAACACCCCUGAAGCGGCUGCGAUCGAAGAAGCCGCACAGCUCCUGCAGACGAGCGACAUCCCGGUCGCAUUUCCCACGGAGACAGUGUAUGGAUUAGGCGCCGAUGCUACUCGCAGUGACGCCGUGCAGGGGAUCUACAAGGCCAAGCAGAGGCCAUCCGACAACCCGUUAAUUAUCCACGUGGAUUCCCUUGGAAUGCUGGAGCGCAUCCUCAAUCCCGUCCAUCACAGUCCCACGCGGGUCACGAGCACCGCUCAGAACAAGCUCCCCGCCAUCUACGACUCGGUCAUCUCCCGCUUCUGGCCCGGUCCUCUCACAAUCCUCGUUCCGAACCCUUCCGGAUCCCCCCUUGCGAACGAAGUCACCUCGAACCUCACUACCUUCGGCGUGCGGAUGCCAUCGUCGCCGCUGGCACGUUUGUUGAUUCAUGUCACAGACCGACCACUCGCGGCUCCUUCGGCCAACGCCUCCACGAAACCUUCCCCGACAGCCGCAGAGCACGUACACCAUGAUUUGCAAGGCCGCAUCGAGCUCAUCCUCGACGGGGGCCCCUGUGGAGUUGGAGUGGAAAGCACAGUCAUCGACGGGCUCUCUGAUCCCCCGGCGAUCCUUCGUCCUGGUGGUAUCGGCAUCGAGGAGUUGCGACAAUGUCCAGGGUGGGAGAAUGUGCAGGUCGGAUACCACGAUGGCACGCUCGAUGUGAAGGAGGUGCCCCGUGCGCCGGGCAUGAAGUACCGACACUACUCCCCCAAGGCUCGGGUGGUCCUUUUCGAGCCCGAAUCCGCCGACGAGGGCAUCCGAAACCACAUCCGCAAGGACCUGGAGGACUCAGCGGUUGGCGCGCAUAGCAUCGGGGUGGUGCGUACGCGCAACUGGAAGCAAGGCAUGGGACUGGUCUCAGAGGAGGAGAUUCAGAACGGCGUGAAGUCUGUCGAGAGCUUAAUGGAAAAUCUGGUCUCGUUCCCUGUCCCCGUUGAGGAUAAGAUCAAGGGGUGUGUGGUGACAAAACAGACCUUCGACUGCCAUCUCGGCCCGGACAUCAAGUCGAUCGCCCAGGGAUUGUUUUCGGCGUUGCGGGCGAUGGAUGAAGUAGAGGUGGAUGUCAUUUAUGUCGAGGGGGUGCCUGAUCAGCAAGGUGACCUGGCCGCGGCGGUGAUGAAUCGGCUGCGGAAAGCCGCAGGAGCCGAGCUUCGGGUCUGAGUUAUGACGAUUGGAGUUAUUUUUCUUUGUUUUCAUACAUUUAGCUUUUUUUUUUAAUUUUGGCAUCUAUCUUUGGGCGGUCAUCUUUGAAGUUCGUUUAGACGAGCAUAAAUUCUAGAUACGAUUCGUUAUGAACAAUUUCGGGGUUUC